AUGUUUGUUGUGCGAUAUAAACCCGGUGAACAGUCAUUCCUGAGGCCACAUCAUGAUGCUUCCACCUAUACCAUUGAUGUGCCACUGAAUCAACGAGGUCGUGAUUUCGAGGGUGGCGGCGUUCGUUACGUUCGCUACAAUUGUACCGUUAAUGCGGAUCGAGUUGGUUACGCAGCAAUGUUCCCCGGUCGAUUAACACACCUUCACGAGGGUCUAACGGUUACGAAAGGAACACGCUAUAUCGCAGUGUCGUUUCUGAAUCCGUGA